UUUGACAAAACUGAAUCAUACCGAUGUAUUUCUUACGUUCGUCAAAGUGAGGUAGCGCAAUUAUCUGAGGCUACGCGAGAUCAUCCUCCUACAUAAUGUUGAUAAUUUAGACGCCACACUCUUGUAAAUCUUUAGAAAAAUAAAAUUCAAAUACCUACAUGGGAGGUUUAAUCUAUUUUAUUGUUGCGGGUUGUCUAUGUUGCAUUUGUUGUAAUUAUUUGUUUAAAAUGAAAAAUCGAGUGAGAGAUUCGGAAGAUAUACAUCGAGUUGAGAACGGCCGCAUCUCUACGGACUCUAUUGUUCAUGUUGAGAAUAUCACACGAUCGCAGACGGACCUCCAGCAAAAUUUGGAAAUGAGCAGCAACUAUCUUGAUCUUCCACCUAGUUAUGAUGACGUUAUGAAAUCUAUCAGAGACGAUUCACACGAAACAUCUAGUUCUGUCGCUGAAGAAAUGUCUACCGAAGAGUCGGUUAAAAUGGAAAAUGCAGACCCUGCAGUGUUUAAUCCACACCGACCAGACUCUUCCACUAUAGCCAAUAACCAGAAUGGUAACUGUGUAACAAGUUUAUAAAGCAUAACUUUCAUGUAGUAGUAUGGAAUCCUGUUCAAGAAGCAGAUACCAACCAUGAAUAACAGUGAGUGUGUAAAGUGCUACAGAGCCAUUUGUGAACAUGGCGAACAAAUAACUGUACAUCACUCCGUUUAAAAUAACUAUGCAGAAAGUCAACGACCGAACAUCAUGAACUUUUUCCCGGUCUUUUGGCGAAACGGAAGUUCGAUUUUUAGUGUACAUCAAUUCAUGGGAACGCUGUUUUUACAUAAGUAGUUUACCUCAUUGGUCCCAACCGUUGCUGUGAGGGCCGGUGUCGGACGCUUGUACGAAGUAUUUUCGAACAGAUAAAAUAUUACCUAUUCCAAAAUUUAUCCAAUCACUGAAUACAGAAUGAGGGAAAACUUAUUUGACCUCAAAAGUCCGACAUA